ACUACGUUUUACAACUGACCGAGUUCGGUGCAGCAGUCUAAAGCUUACAGGUUGUCGUAGUAGCUCUGAAUGUAAACACAUCGAUAUACCCACGGUAUCUCUCUUAUCCCAGACGGCUCUUUCUCUCCACAUAUCACGCCUCUGCUGCCAAACAUUGUGUAAAUUUCUCGGAGCGUUUCCAUACAAGGAUUCGACGCCUUUUUGAUAGUGUUGUGUUUUCCAGGAACUGAAGAUUUCUACAAAGGUGACAAGAACCGUAUCCGUACAUCUCCGUAAAUAACUCAGGAUUAAGAUAUUUAUAGAUCUGACUUUCAAGGUUCACUAUUAUUACAUAUCUUGACAUAAUUCACAGUCAUAACGCAAGUGUGAAGUGUCGAACAGAUUUUUGGUAGCAUCAACGUUUUCAAAACUACCACCACAAACGUCCAGUGUUUGAAGGAAGGAAGAGACCACGGAGCCCCUCGUGUUGAUGCCUUUGUUUCACAGGAAAGUGUCAAGUUAUUCCGAAGGUGACCAUGUCUGCAAAAUCCAUCAUGCUUUGCAUUCAGCUGAACGAAACACAGACGUCGGAUGACGAUGUGCUAAACAAGCUCAAGGGUGUACCGGAAAAGUGUUUGUCCGGACCUGUUAUUGACGUCAUUUCACGGAAUUAUGGGAAAUCCCAAGGACAUAUGGUCGUAGGAAUGUCUGAGGAUGGAAGUCACGUGACUGUACGGAUGUAUCCUAAAGGCCUCGUGACGGUGGAUAUACAGAGGCUUGUGGAGGCAGAAUCGACACCCGAAAAUGGUGACAUAGCGGUGGUGAAGGACAUGGAGAUGAAGCUGAGGGAAUACUUCGGGGAGUUAUGUAAAUAUAGCCGCAGUAUCCUUGGUCAGAUCAGUAGGGGAGAGGUGUGUCCAUACUUCUCCACCAGUGAGGACCUCCUGUUUGAAUACGGAUCCCUGAAACUGGUCUGCGAGAAGGAAUCGAAAUGGCAGAACAUCAAAAUCUACCACUCGGAAAAGUUCGGAAACGUGCUGUGUCUGGACGAUGAUCUAAUGUUAGGAGAAAGUGACCUUAUCUAUACCCAGACACUCCUGGGGAUCGAGCGUAACGACUUCCGGGACAAGACGGUGCUCAUUCUCGGGGGUGGGGACGGUGGCCUCCUAUACGAGUUGCUCAAGAUGGAACCACGGCACGUGCUGAUGGUGGAAAUCGAUGAAGACGUCAUCAGCGCGUGCUCGACACACAUGAAGGACGUCUGUCAUGAUGUCUUUGAGAAAUUCGAGGGACCCAACCACAAGAUCGUCAUUGGGGACUGUUUUGAGGUACUCAAAGAGAGUAUUGAGUCCGGGAGGAAGUUUGAUUACGUCAUCAAUGACCUCACAGAAUAUAUAGUUGGCAAGGAAAACACCUACAUUUACGACCUGGAGACUUCCUCGUAUAGCCUAGAAUUCUCCAUGAAGAUUCUUAACAAGGGAGGGAAGUACCUGUCACGUGGAAACGGCGUUAAUGCCAAGAGUUACACGGACAAGUUCGAGUCUGACAUCCGGGCUCUGCAGCUCGAGUUUCGUCGGUUUGUAGUGGCUGUGCCUUCCUUCCAGGAACCAUAUUGCAUUUACGAGAUUUGGAAGCCAUUGCAGUGAACGGACCGGUUCUGAAUUAAUUCACAUUUAUUUUGAAUUCUUAUUUGAUGUAUUUUGUGCUUUAACUCUCCAAUUUGUUGACUCGUAUUUCAAUUAAUCCUGUGUAUUCGCGUUUGACCGUAAUUACUUUGAUAUAUGGGGGAAAAUGAAAGACGACGAUGACGACGACGACAAGAAGAGGAAGAGCUUAUCACGGAGUCAAAAUCACCAGAAACUGGUACAUAAAACAGGCAUGAUCAAGUACGGACAACGUGGUACAUAAAACAGGCAUGAUCAAGUACGGACAACGUGGUACAUAAAACAGGCAUGAUCAAGUACGGACAACGUGGUACAUAAAACAGGCAUGAUCAAGUACGGACAACGUGGUACAUAAAACAGGCAUGAUCAAGUACGGACAACGUGGUACAUAAAACAGGCAUGAUCAAGUACGGACAACGUGGUACAUAAAACAGGCAUGAUCAAGUACGGACAACGUGGUACAUAAAACAGGCAUGAUCAAGUACGGACAACGUGGUACAU